AUGGGAAGAAGAUUCAAGGGCCCUCUCAAAAAGGUCAAAGAAGCAGAAAUUCCCAAAGACGAUGAAGAAGAAAAUGAUGAUGCUAGCAUCAAGACUGAUGCAAAGAGUAACGCCGCUUCUGCUAAGCAAGAUGAUGAAGAAGGAGACUACUAUUAUGAGGAGGAGUAUCCUGAAGAGAUGUACAAGCAAUUGGAAGAACAGAGUUUCAAGGAGUAUGCUCAAAAGUGGAGAGAUCUAGCUAGAAGAGUUCAACCUUCUUUGACUAAUAGGGAGUUGGUUGACAUGUUCAUGGGUACGCUGACUGGCCCGUUCUAUAGUCACCUACUGGGUAGUUCUUCCUCUGGUUUUACAGAGCUCAUAUUGACUGGAGAGCGUGUUGAGAGUGGUAUUCGAAGUGGGAAGAUUCAGGUAGGUGCUACUUCUAGUACUACAAAGAAACCAUAUCAUGGAAAGAAUGAAUCUAAUGUUGUGCACAGUCAGAAGGGUCGUAAUAAGAAUGAUCAGAACCAGUCUGUUGGGGCUGUUCUAAUCUCUGCACCAAAACCUCAGCAAACCCCCAGACAAGAGUAUCAGCGUAGGUCAGACGCACCUAGAAGGCAAUUCACUAAGAUCAACAUGCCUUUAUCUCAAGCUCUGCAACAUCUGUUAAAGGCCAACUUGAUCACUAUAAGAGAUCCUCCGAAGAAUGUCACUCCUACAUCCCCAAACUAUGAUCCUAAUGCAAAAUGCGUGUACCACUCCAAUAUUCCUGGACACCAUGCUGAUAACUGCUGGGCACUGAAAAAUAAGAUUCAAGACAUGAUAGAUGCUAGUGAAAUCGAGUUCGAACCUCCAGAAACUCUGAAUGUUAUUACCGCCCCUAUGCCAAAACAUGGCAAAACCAUUGAAGACAUAUCAGUAAUUUCCAAAGUUCCACUGAAGAUCCCAACUAAGGCUCCAUUCAAGAUUUCUGCUGAACCCCGUGUGGCUCCUGUGAUCAUCACUAAACCUGGUCCAAUUCCAUAUUCUUCAGAUAAGGCUAUCCCUUGGAACUAUGGUGUCGAGGUCUAUAUUCAGGGAGUUAAACAAGAACUUGUAGCCGACAAGGCUGUUGAAGACGUUAAUCCUGAUGUGUGUAACAUUGCUGGAACUAGUAAAGUGACAAGAAGCGGAAGAGUGUUUUCUCCAAAAAUCUCUCCAAACACUGCUGCACCUGCUGGUACCCCUAUUCCUAAUCAGAAUGUCGAUACCCGAGACAAUUACCUUGGGUUUUCUGAUGCUGAUUUGAGUCCCAGUGGAAAGAAUCAUAACAAGGCUCUGCACAUCUCCAUUGAAUGCGGGGGCACCACUCUGGCCCAUGUACUAGUUGGCAAUGGUUCAUCUCUGAAUGUGCUACCUAAGAUGUUAUUGGACAAACUCAACCCCGAGGGAAUCAUGCUGAAAUCCAGUGAUGUGAUAGUAAAAGCUUUUGAUGGUUCAAUGAGUACGCUAUACGGCAAAGUUGAACUCCCAAUCAGAGUAGGCUCUCAGGCUUUCAACACUAUGUUCUAUGUGAUGGACAUUCAUCCCGCUUAUUCCUGUCUGCUUGGGCGCCCUUGGAUACAUGGGGCAAAUGUUGUGACUUCGACUCUGCAUCAAAAACUGAAAUAUCCGGCGAAAGGCAAGAUCGUCACUGUGUAUGGUGAAGAAGAAUACGUGUUUUAUUUUCUGUACUCCAAUAAACAAUAA